AUGGGGCAGUCGGAGAGCCGGGCUCCCCCGGUCGUGCUGGUGCAGUGGGCGCCCCCGUCUCCCCCGGCCCCGCUGGACCUGACCCCGCUGCCGGACGAGCUCCUGGCGCGGAUCCUGAGCUGGGUCCCGGGCCGCGCCCUGGUGACCCGCUGCCGGCUGGUGUGUCGCCGCUGGCGGGACCUCAUCGACGGGCCCACGGUCUGGCGGCUGCAGGGCGAGAGGCGCCCGGGCUUGCGGGCCACCCUGGCGGCCGCCCGCUACUGGCUCCCGUCGCAGUGGAGCCGGAUCUGCCUCCUGGAGCCCUUCGGGCGCAACCUGCUCCGGAACCCCUGCGGGCAGG